GAGGGGGCAAAAUUCACACCUCGGGGACCGGGGAGACCGGGUGGUCCCCAGGAUCUGGAGGAGAUGGGACGGACCCUCCAUCCAGUUCCUUCUCCCCCUCCCGGCCCGACCUCUAAUCCCGGCUCCAUUCCCGAGAGGCGCCCUCACCCCCUUGACCUCUGACCCUGUCCUGCUCCCAGAACCCAGGUGGCUUGCCCCGAUCCCUUCCCAGAAGCCAGGCAGUCGAGCCACAAAACCUGCGGUUCAUACUCUCACCUCAGCUUUUCCUGCCUUCGGCAGAAACAUAAGUAUCUUCUUCUAAGUUGAAGGGGCUUCCCCCAUGCCCCUCCCGGCUGCUUCCUCUAUAAAGGACUCAGACGUCCGGGCCCAGGAAGCCCAGCGCACAGCAGGUAGGGGCCCCCCGGGCCGAAUGAUCCCGCCCCACGGCCCUCUCCACCCGAGCCUUCUGCCCCCUCGGCCUCUCCUCUCCAGUGCCAAGUGCCAUCCUGAGCCUGUAUGCCUCUCCGGGUGCCUCUCUGCCCGCCGCCCGGCCUUCCCCCCCCCUCGCUCUUCCCCUCCCUCCGGGUCUCUGCCUGUCCACACCUCUAGGCAGGCUCGGUCUUUCCGCCCCUACCCCUCAGUGCCUGUGACACCUCUGCUUCUCGGUCUCCACCCGCCCCUGCCUCCGGUGGCUUCUGUGGCACCUCUGGGUCUCGGCUUCUGUCUCUGGGCGGGUCUCUGGGGAUUCUCGGGUCGGGUCUCCGAGGCCCCGUCCCCUGGCGAGGCCACCGACGCCCGCCUGGGGCCUCCUUCCCUUGGGCUCCGGCCGUCUCUCUGGGCCUGCACCUUUGCGAAUCGCACCCAAGCCUCCUCUAGCCUCCCUCCCUCUCUGCCCCGUUUCCUUCUGAACUUCUGACGAUGCCUCCCUCUCCUCCCCCCUGCCCCUGGCCCCCCCAGGCCCUGCCCAUGACCCCACACCGCUGCAGGAACAGACAGCCGGCCUCCCUGGCCAGAGCCCUCUGCCUCCUGGGAGGGCUCAGCCUCCUCCUGCUCAGGGUCCAGGGGCACCUCGGCGGGCCUGGGGUUCCCCGGUCUCCCCACCUGACCGCUCACCUGGACCUCCGGCGACGCCUCCUCAGGGACGCUCCCAAACCGGCCGCUCACCUGAUUGGAGACCCAAGCCGGCCAGGCUCCCUUCUCUGGAGGGACAAUUCGGACCACGCUUUCCUCCAUCACGGCUUCCGCCUCCAAAACAACACCCUGCUGGUGCCCUCCAGUGGGGUGUAUUUCGUCUACACGCAGACGGUGUUCUCGGGCCCCGGGUGUACAGAGGAUGGGCAGGGGACUCUGGCCCCCAACUACCUCUCCCAUGAGGUGCUGCUGUUCUCCACCCAAUACCCCAUCCACGUCCCCCUCCUCAGUGCCCAGAAGUCCGUGUGCCCCGGGCCCAAGGGCCCUUGGAUCAAAUCCAUCUACCAGGGAGCCGUAUUCUCCCUGAUGGCUGGGGACCAGCUCUCCACCCGCACUGAGGGGGUCUCCAACCUGCUCCUGGUCCCCGGCAGUGUCUUCUUCGGAGCCUUUGCCGUGUGAGGGGGGGAAGGGGGGGAAAGAGGAAAAAAAAAUCUGUUGUUGUUGUUGUCGUCAUUGUUGUUCUUUUAAAGGAAAAGUCAGUUUCAUGGUUCCCCCGGCCACCUCCCCUUGCCGCGGCCGUUUGGAGGCUCCCCUACCUUCCCGCUGGGAGUUUCCACCUGUGGAAUCUAGGGCGGUUUCUAGAAACCUUGGGGGAACUCCUCCUCCUGGAGCCGCCCCAGAUGUCGGACGGCUAGGAGUAUUUCAGGAAAUUCCGGGAGAAAGAUGGUCUCUAGUGUCCUCUGUCCCUUCGUUGGUAGAGAGGGUGACUGAGGCACAGAGCAGGGAGGUGAGAGAGCAGCAGGAAGGAGCUCAGGAGGGGCAGGAGGCUGGGGAG